CUCUGCUAUGUGCAUGCACCAGCUGCCUACAGGCCAACUACACGUGUGAAACAGAUGGGGCCUGCAUGGUUUCCAUCUUCAACCUGGAUGGGAUGGAGCACCAUGUGCGUACCUGCAUCCCCAAAGUGGAGCUGGUCCCUGCCGGGAAGCCCUUCUACUGCCUGAGCUCAGAGGAUCUGCGCAACACCCACUGCUGCUAUACUGACUUCUGCAACAAGAUCGACCUGAGGGUGCCCAGUGGUCACCUCAAGGAGCCUGAGCACCCUUCCGUGUGGGGCCCUGUGGAGCUGGUAGGCAUUAUUGCUGGCCCAGUCUUCCUUCUGUUUCUCAUCAUCAUCAUUGUUUUCCUUGUUAUUAACUAUCAUCAGCGUGUCUAUCACAACCGCCAGAGACUGGACAUGGAAGAUCCCUCAUGUGAGAUGUGUCUUUCCAAAGACAAGACGCUUCAGGAUCUUGUCUACGAUCUCUCCACAUCAGGGUCUGGCUCAGGGUUACCUCUCUUUGUCCAGCGCACAGUGGCCCGCACCAUUGUUUUACAGGAGAUUAUCGGCAAAGGCCGGUUUGGGGAAGUAUGGCGUGGCCGCUGGAGGGGUGGUGAUGUAGCUGUAAAAAUUUUCUCUUCUCGUGAAGAACGGUCUUGGUUCCGGGAAGCCGAGAUAUACCAGACAGUCAUGUUGCGGCAUGAAAACAUCCUUGGAUUUAUUGCUGCUGACAAUAAAGACUGCUUAUUCCUCACAUUGCUGUGGAGGUUGGUGAUAGCCUCAGCUACCCCCAAGUUAGAGAUUCUUAGGAUUGCAUAUAGGAGAAAAAAGGGAAGGAGAAUGUUUCUGUUCUCUGCAGAUAAUGGCACCUGGACACAGCUAUGGCUCGUCUCUGACUACCAUGAACAUGGCUCCUUGUUUGAUUAUCUUAACCGCUACACAGUAACCAUUGAGGGCAUGAUUAAGUUGGCCCUCUCUGCUGCCAGUGGCUUGGCACACCUACAUAUGGAGAUUGUGGGCACUCAAGGGAAGCCUGGAAUUGCUCAUCGAGACUUAAAGUCAAAGAACAUCCUGGUGAAGAAAAAUGGCAUGUGUGCCAUCGCAGACCUGGGCCUGGCUGUCCGUCAUGAUGCAGUCACUGACACCAUUGACAUUGCCCCAAAUCAGAGGGUGGGAACCAAAAGAUACAUGGCCCCUGAAGUACUCGAUGAAACUAUUAAUAUGAAACACUUUGACUCCUUUAAAUGUGCUGAUAUCUAUGCCCUUGGGCUUGUAUAUUGGGAGAUUGCUCGAAGGUGCAAUUCUGGAGGAGUCCAUGAAGAAUAUCAGCUGCCAUAUUACGACUUAGUGCCCUCCGACCCUUCCAUUGAGGAAAUGCGAAAGGUUGUCUGUGACCAGAAGCUACGUCCCAAUAUCCCCAACUGGUGGCAGAGUUACGAGGCAUUACGGGUGAUGGGGAAGAUGAUGCGGGAGUGCUGGUACGCCAACGGCGCAGCCCGUCUGACUGCGCUGCGCAUAAAGAAGACCCUAUCACAACUCAGUGUGCAGGAAGAUGUGAAGAUCUAGCCUGUUCUCUCCCCUGCACACAACCCUGGGCAGCGAGAACUAUGUGCAGCUGCCGUGUUGAGCGUACAGUGGAGGCCUACCUCUCGUUUCUGCCCAGCCCUCUGUGGCCAGAGCCCUGGCCCUGCCAGAGGGACAGAGCCCGGGAGACACGCUCACUCCCAUGUUGGGUUUGAGACAGACACCUUUUAUAUUUACCUCCUGAUGGCAUGGAGACUCUGAGAGCAAAUCGUGUGGAGAACUCAAUGCCACAACUCAAACUGGUUGCAGUGGGAAGUCCACAAAACCCGGUGCAUCUGGCACUUAGCCAGGAAUGGUGAAAGGGUGGCCGGGGAGGGGCUAGGAGGAGCCAAGUUGUUGCCCUCCAGGGACCAGCCCGUGGCACACCAAAGUGGUCCAGAAGUGUAGCCCCUUUCCAGGCGGCUCUGAGCCACGUGCUCCCCUCCUCCUUACACAGACAUCUUGAGGACUGCCAGUGGAGACGGAACCUGCUGCCUGUCUGUCCAGCCAUGUGUGCAUGUGCUGAGGUGCGUCCCCUGUUGUGCCUGGUCUGUGCCACGCCCUUACACGUGUGUGUAUGUGUGUGUGUUUAGGUAUGCACUCGCUUGAGCUUUCUGUGCAUGUGCAGGCCAGGGGUGUGGUGUCAUGCUGUCUCUGCGUGCUGGUGCCUCUCUUCAUAGUGAGCAGCAUCUAGUUUCCCUGGUGCCCUUCCCUGAAGGUCUCUCCUUCCCUUCCCCCAGAACCUGCCCAGUGGCACUCUCUUCCCAGCUGGCUGCUCUGCCUGCCUUGUGUCAGCACAGUUUUCUAUUUCAGGCUGAGGAACCGAAGCUGGCCCAGUUGUCCAUGGCAAGAGAGGGUUUUGGGUCAAAAUGUGAUGCUGGGGAUGGGGGACCCAGGGAGGGCAGGGAAAGAAUUUCGGUGGAAGUCUUAGGUGUUGUGGUCAGCCUCAACCGUGGGAAAUGAGCUGGCCCAGCACAUCGUCCUCAGCAGCAUCAAGGAAGGGCCAAGGAAUCCAAAGCUAGAUCUUGGGAUUCAGAUUGGAAUGUCACAUCUGUCUGUCCCAUCCCAGAUUCUACGAACAGCAGUGUAUAUUUUUGGUGGUGGUGGGUUUGGGGUGGGGAAGGGGAGGGGGGCUGAUUUGGGGGGGAGUCUGGGUGGGAGGGAGGCAUCUGCAUGGGCCGCCUUUUACUGGAUUAUCUGAUCAGAGUGGAGGGAAGAUGAGAGAUUUGCAUCCACUUCAGGGGCCCUACUAAAGGGAAUAGCCUGAGCUGAACAUGUUAUUUAACCUAAGUAUAGUAUUUAAUGAAGUCUAGAAGCACGGUUUUGGGUGGUGAUUUGGUCAGCAUAUCUUAGGUCUAUAAUAACUUUGAAGCCAUAACUUUUAACUGGAGUGGUUUUAUUUUUAUUUUAUUUUAUUGGGAGGGUCUGGAUUUUAACUUUUUUUAAUAAUAUUAAGUUUUUGUAAAAGGAAAACCAUCUCUAUGUGAUAAUUACCUCUCAACCUAUUUGUUUUUAAAGAAAUCCCUAAAAAAAAAAAAAAAACUCUAAUCAAGCGCACAUAGCUCAAUCACACUGGAAGUGUUUGUCCUUGUACCUGAGCCUGUUCCCACUCAGCAGUGAUACUUCCUCUCUACCCUGGGGCUCGGUCUUUCUGGCAUUCUGCCCCCAUCCGUGAGCACCCCAGCCUUGUACAUUGUCUGGUUGGCUGCACCUUCCCCAGGCGUUUACUCAGCAGAUGUGUGUGAGUGCCCACUGGGUGCCCAGCGCCAAGCCGGGCCUGGGAAGACCACUGUGAACUUGACAGGCUUGGGUGCUGCUCUUGGAGCACUGGAGAAGGAACUAAAUCCAGUAAGUGGGUGCCUGCUGUGAGACCCCUGCACACCUGCUUUGACUUUUUAUGAUUGGUUCUGAGAGCCUUUUGAGCCUGGAAUUAACUGUUUUUAAAUAAGACCACUGAGGAAAGAGGACCGACCCCCCCCCCAACAUGUCCUUCUUACAAAGAGACUACUAGUGGGUAGUGAGGCCUGGGGUUUAGAACCACAGGUGAGACCCCAAAGCACUGCAUUCAUUCUGAGCCCCCUUCCUGCCCCCAGGGAGGCACAUGAUGUAUGCAGGUGUGAGCAUGCCUGCCUCCAACCCAGCAAUCCUGCCAAAGCCUGGGGAGGAGGAAAAGCCCUCCCCCUGCCUCCUUGGUCUCCCCAUGUUCCUGCUUUUUCUAUUUAUUUUCCUGAUGUAUUGUUUCUUUCCUUGCAUUAAAGGAGAUCUUCCUCUAACCCUUGGGCCAAUUUACUGGCCACUAAUUAAUGUCCCUUAAAAUACCAGUUGUGUCACUAAGGGGACCUUAUUUCCCCACCCCUGCUGACCUCCCACUUACCCGCCCUGCAGCAGAACUGUGGCGGUUACAAGUGAUGAUGGAACUUAGGCUCCUGUGCCCCAAGUCACAACUAGCCUCUGGGAUCUGCCAACACAUGUCCACCCAGUGACUCCCAAACCACUAGCCCACUCCCCAGGGGGCCUUUCUGCCCUCACCAUCCAUGCAGUUGAGCUCCGCCACCUCUGGGGAAGACAGCAGUUUUUUGGGAAAUUCCCACACCCACCACUGCUAACACCAAGCGAAAAUUGGGGAGAAACUGAAGCUGGGUUUUUGGCUCCCUGAGGCUAACCCUGAUCCAUAGGGCUACCUGCACCUCUGGAUUCUAGAUUCACAGACCAAGUCCAAGCCCGUUCUUAUGUCGCCAUCAAGGCUCCCGAACGGCAUUCUCGGUACUUCUGUUUGUUUUGUACAUUUUAUUAGAAAGGACUGUAAAAUAGCCACUUAGACACUUUACCUCUUCAGUAUGCAAAUGUAAAUAAAUUGUAAUAUAGGAAAUCUUUUGUUUUAAUAUAAGAAUGAGCCUGUCCAAUUUCUGCUGUACAUUAUUAAAAGUUUUAUUCACAGA